UUUAUUGUUUAUGUCGAGGACCCGGAAGCGGGAUUUACUUUACAGUUAUUUGUCAUUCGAGUUUACUUUGAAAGCUGGGUGUUAGAUGCUUAAAGAUUUGAUGACAUGUUUGUUUUAAUGUAAUACGGCGAUAAAAUCAACAAAUACUUUAUAUUAGAAUUUUAAUAGCAACAUCCGAUCCACGGCGGUGUCGACAUGUCGUUCUUCCGGGUGCAACCAUUGCAACCACCUUUUUUAUUACUUUACUGCAUUUUUUUGUACUUGUAAUAACUUAAAAACUGGACAGUAUAUAGUGUAAGAAAUAGUCAUUUUGGAUACUAUUUUACGGUGUUUUUAAAUGGCGCUCAUGUUUCGUUUUUGGGUUUUCCAUACGACUGAUAAGGGUAGUUCUUUGUAAACGAAACUGAAAUCGACAUCGAAUGGAACUGAACACGUCCUGAAUCUGAGAGACGUGUCUGGGAAAUGAACAGGCCCCGUGGUCAGAGGGGCAUCGCUAGAGCAAAUGCUGAGCACCAGGAAGGUGCUGGAGCUGCAGUGAGAGAAGAUAACUGGAGACCCCCCCAGGGUAGAGGAGGAAGGGGGAGGGCCAGAGGGGACGUCAGAGGGAGGAAUUUCAGGGGGCAGCAGAAUGACAGGAGGGAUGGUAACUGGCGAAACAGAGGAGACCUCGGAGGGUGGAAUUUCAGGGGGCAACAAGAUGACAGGAGGGAUGACAAUUGGCGGAACGGAGGAAACAGGGACGAAAAUCCAGGGAGAAGGAGAGGGAAUGGAGCCUGGGAAAGGGGCAGAGGGGGCAGGAGAGGAAGGGGUCAAAUGAGAGAGGAUGUACCAGAGGUCAGGAAGCUAGGGUUGAGGAACCUGGAAGAGCUCUCAAUGAAAGAGGCAUCAGAAAUAGCCAUCACUCUGUCAUCCAGUCAGGGGCUGCAAAUCCUGCUAGAAGAGAUGGAGAUGGGCCACAAUUUUGUCCAACUGCUCUGUCAGGUUCUUAGCCAUGCUCUUAGCUCUAAGAUUGACCGGCAAAUAGUGCAGCACUUAGCAGCAAUUAUUAAAGAUUCCAUGUUUCUACGGACAAUACUCCCUCACUACGUGGCUGGGAUGAUGACAGACCAUAUGCCAGCCCGCAGGAUGCAAUACCCACAACACUUAGAUAACAUAAUCAGUCUUCUGUCACAUGUGAUCAGGAUAUUCCCGGCAAGUUCUGUUCCGGUGGUCUCUAUGCUUGUGACUCUCCUCAGGCAAACCAUUAAUGAGCUACGAGCCUCAGGUGUAAUGAUCCAGGAAGACACUGAGCAAAAUCUGGAGAAGAUACAAAACUUGGUUAACCAUCUAACAGAGAAAGCACGGGAUGGCACUCUGAGGUCAGACAACUAUACAUUUCUCACAGCUGAGGAGUCCCCCCCAGGAGUAGCAGAUUUCCGCACUAUGCCCAUUUAUCCAACACCGGAGGAGAUCCACCAGAAUGAGAAGCCUUUCUUACGGCCUAAUAUCACAUCGCAGGCUUAUGCUAGUAGUGAGAUUUACCUGGAUACCCAUUUUCGACUUCUCCGCGAGGACUUUGUCCGGCCUUUGCGUGAGGGAAUAAAGCAGCUGCUGGAGUUUUAUCAAGAACAGGGUCAAGGUCAAGUGCACAUGAGGGGAAGACGUUUCAAUGACAUUAGGAUCUACUUUGAUACUCGUCUCGUGGUGCCUCUGUGUACCCCAUCAGGAAUUGCCUAUAAGGUCCAGUUUGACGCAAGCCCUUUGAAGUUUGUCCGCUGGCAGAACUCCAAACGGUUACUGUACGGCUCCCUGGUUUGCCUGUCCCAUGACAACUUUGAGACGCUGCUGUUUGCCACUGUGUCAGACCGAGUUCCAGAAGAUCUUCAGAAGGGGCUGGUGCAGCUCAGCUUCUCCCAGGAUAGUCGCGUGGCGCUGGCCGAAAUCCAGGUGUCUGCUUCCUUCCUCAUGGUGGAAACCACGGCCUACUUUGAAGCCUAUCGCCAUGUGCUGGAGGGUUUGCAGGAAGAAGAUGCAGAUCACCUGCCAUUUCACAGGUACAUAGUUGAAUGCAAAUCGGAGAUACGGCCUCCUGCCUACCUGACCAUGGAGAAGACACUUGACCUGGGGUGUAUAGCAGCGCAGGGCUUUCAGAAGAACGUCAAGCCCUUCAGAACUCUGGAGCCCAGAGCCUGGCCUGACAUGGAGCAGUUAGGUUUAGACGAGUCACAAAUGAAAGCCCUCAAACUGGCUCUCACUAAGGAGCUCGCCAUCAUACAAGGGCCUCCAGGAACAGGAAAAACCUAUGUGGGGUUGAAGAUAGCCCAAGCCCUCUUGAAGAAUUCUGAUAUGUGGUCAGAUUUGGUCACCACACCUGUGCUGGUUGUCUGCUACACUAAUCAUGCACUGGACCAGUUCCUGGAAGGAAUUCAUGGAUUCCUUGGAAACGGAAUAGUGAGAGUGGGCGGCCGCAGCAGUAGUGAGGUCCUCAAGCACUUCACACUGCGGGAGCUAACGGGGGCCGCCGAGUUCCGCCGAAACCUGCCCAUCCAUUUGCGCCGUGCUUACUACGAGAUCAGCGUGGAGCUGGCCCAGGCAGAGCAGAAGAUUCAGAAGCAGGCCGCUCAGCUGGAGUGUAGCCUACGUGGGAUCCUUCAUGAGCAAUUCCUGGAGAAGUUUAUCUCUGAGGAUCACUGGAUCAGCCUGAAUGUGAACCCUGUGUGGGAUGGAUUCCAGACCAGUGGGCAGAAAAAGUCCAUGAUCCUAGAGUGGCUGGGCCUUAGUUCUUCUGCCUUCCAGCAGACAACACAGCAGAUAUUGGAUAAUGCUGAAGAAGAAGAGGAGGAGCCUCAUCAGGAUGAGGAGGAGGAGCUGGUGGAGGUGGAGGAAGAGGCGGAUUUGAUCCAAGCUGAGCGGAUCCUUGAGGGCACGGACUUUCACGACAGAGGCACUGGCAAGAGGAAGAAGAAAGAGGACCUUGUAGUGAUGGAGUUAGCCAGACAGAUGUUGACACUAAACCUAGAGAACAUCGAACAAGAGCCCGGUCAGAAACUGGGUGAAUGGCAGGUGCAGGGAGAGCAGAAGAAGAAGAUGAAGCAGCGAAUUCGCAGGGAGCUGGCAAAGGGCACAACCAUGAGUGAGGAAGAUGAGGCCAGGAUCCACAACAUGUGGACACUCAGUCUGCAGGAGCGUUGGAAACUAUACAGGCUCUGGCUAAUGCGCUACCGCACAGACAUGCGUGCCCGGGCCCUGCAGUCUGAGCAAGCUUAUCAGGAAGCGGCUGAGCGGCUGGCCGAGAUUCAGCUGCGGCGGGACCUGUGCGUGCUGCGGGAGGCCAAGGUCAUAGGCAUGACGACCACCGGUGCAGCCAAGUACCGCCGGAUCCUGCAGGAGGUGCGCCCUCGCCUGGUGAUCGUGGAGGAGGCUGCUGAGGUGCUGGAGGCCCACAUCAUCACCACCUUGAGCCAGGCGUGUCAGCACCUCAUUCUCAUUGGAGAUCAUCAGCAGCUACGCCCUAGUGCCACAGUCUAUGAACUGGCCAAGAACUUCAACCUGGAGGUGUCGCUGUUUGAGAGGCUGGUGAAACUUGAUUUCCCCUACGUCCGACUCAACUAUCAGCAUCGCAUGAGACCAGAAAUUGCUCAGCUUCUCACUCCACACAUCUACUCUCAGCUUGAGAAUCACCCCAGUGUGCUGGAGUACGGAAACAUGAAGGGGAUUCUUUCCAACUUGUUCUUUGUGGAGCAUGAAUUACCGGAGGAGGAGAUUAUAGAUGGACACAGUCACAAGAAUCGACAUGAGGCUCUCUUUGUUGUGGCUCUGUGCCGCUACCUGCUAUGCCAGGACUACCAGCCAUCGCAGAUCACCAUUCUUACCACCUAUACAGGGCAGCUGCACUGUCUUCGCAAACUUUUGCCUGCCGCUCAGUUUGCUGGGGUUAAGGUUCAUGUGGUGGACAAGUAUCAGGGCGAGGAGAACGACAUCAUCCUGCUGUCGCUGGUUCGCAGCAACCCCGAGGGACGCGUGGGUUUCCUGCAGAUCGCAAACCGGGUGUGUGUAGCCCUGUCUCGCGCUAAGAAGGGUCUCUACUGCAUCGGGAACCUGGGAAUGCUCGGCAGGGUUCAGCUGUGGAGCAACAUCUUGCACACCCUCCGAGAGCACGGGCGGGCGGGUCGGCAGCUGAUGCUGUGCUGUCAAAACCACCCUGGGACGCGUACCCUCGUUUCUUCUGCCGAUGACUUUAAGAAGGUGCCGGAAGGGGGCUGCCAGCUGCCGUGUGACUUCCGCCUGGCCUGCGGCCACGUCUGCACGCGUGCUUGUCACCCUUAUGACGCUGACCACAAGAAGUUCCAGUGUCUGAAGCCUUGUACGAAGGUUCUGUGCCAGCUGGGGCACCGAUGUCCUUCGUUCUGCUACCAGGACUGUCCAGAAUGCCCUGUACCCCUGGAGAAAGUCAUCCCAACGUGUCGGCACAAGCAGAUGGUGCCGUGCCAUCAAGACCCUCAGCAGUUCAUCUGCCAGGAACCAUGCGAGCAGACGCUGGAGUGUGGCCACGCCUGUGACAUGGUGUGUGGGAUGCUCUGCACCCCCCUCUGCAUGGUGAAAGUGAAUAUGGAGUUGCAGUGUGGGCACCAUCAAAUGGUACCCUGCCACUACAUUAGCAACGCGGUGAACAGGCAGCCUGGCUGCCAGAAGAAGUGCGGUGAGAUCCUGAAGUGUGGGCAUCCUUGCUCGGGCACGUGCCAAAAGUGCUACCAAGGCCGCUACCAUAAGGCCUGUAACUUUCACUGCGGUCGCCCUCUCAUCUGCUCACACGUGUGCCAAGUGCCCUGCGUCAGCGAGUGCCCGCCUUGCCAGUGUCCGUGUGAGAACCGCUGUGUGCAUAGCGCCUGCCCCAAGGCCUGUGGCCAGCCCUGUGCACCCUGCAAGGAACCCUGUGCUUGGCAGUGCCCCCAUCAGCGCUGCACCAAACUGUGCCAUGAGCCCUGCGAUCGGACUCCGUGCUUCAGGGUCUGCACCAAAAUGCUGCCUUGUGGUCACCCCUGUAUCGGGCUCUGUGGGGAGACCUGCCCCAAUAAAUGCCGUACAUGUCAUCAUGAAGAAGUGACAGAGAUUUUCUUCGGCACGGAAGAUGAUCCCCUUGCCCGCUUCAUUCAGCUGGAGGAUUGUAGACACAUUUUCGAGACGUCUGCCUUGGACAAAUUCAUGAAGGAGGGAACAGAUGAUGACAAUGCAGGCAAUCUAAACCAGCAGGCCAUUCGGCUUAAAGAGUGUCCCAGGUGCCGUACACCCAUUCGGAGAAACUUGCGGUAUGGAGCUCAUGUCAAUCGUAGCCUCGCUGAGAUUGAGAAGGUGAAGGUGGUGCUGAAUGGCUCUCCAGAAGAUAUAGAGAGGAAAAGAAAUGUCCUCCUGAAAAAUCUACAGACAAUGGAUGUACUAUUACUGUACACGUCACACAAAUAUGAUCUUGUUACGAAGCAGUUAGAACAGAAUGACUUAACAUUACAGAUUCUAUGGAGAAUUGAAAACAAAAUGAAUUUCCUAGACAGGCUGACAAAGCUAACACGUAUAAUGAAAAAAAACAUGUCAAGGGAGUAUAGGGAGUAUUUUUCAAGCCGUAUUCAGGAAUGUCUGGAAUGGCUUUGGGAUCCCAAUCAAAAAUUCUCAGAGCAGCAGUUUUCAGACCUUCAGAGUGAGGUACAGAGGCUCACCUUCUUGGCCGAGCUUAACGUGUGCUGCAGCAGGGCUGGAGACGAGGUAAAAAACACUGACGUUGCGGUGGAGGAGCAGGUCCUAAGGAGGCUCCUGGAAGGAACAAAGCCUUUCACUCAGACAGAGGAGUCAUGGGCAAAGCAGGAACUGGACAGGCUGAAGGAGAAGUUGUCUUGUAAUGGGCUGGACAUCACUGAGGAGGAGAGGGUGAUGAUUGUGGAAGCCAUAGGUCUGCCCAAAGGCCACUGGUACAAGUGCCCCAAAGGUCAUGUUUACGCCAUUGGAGAAUGUGGAGGGGCGAUGCAGGAAAGCAAGUGUCCAGAAUGCAGUAGCACCAUCGGUGGCACCAACCAUGCUCUCGCCAGUGGAAACCAGGUGGCAUCGGAAAUGGACGGAGCCCAAUACUCUGCCUGGUCGGAGGCUGCUAACUUACAGAAUUUUGACCCGAGGUUAUGACCUGAGAGGCCUUGGAAAGUGCGAUGCAUUAGUCAUAUUUAGAUACAACAAAGCUUGGCUAACAUCAAUGAUUGUAUAUUAGCAUAGCAUAACACUUUAUUACACACACACAUAUACACAUAGAUACAUAUACAUGUUGGUAUAAAAUUAUGAUGAUUUGUCUGAUUGUCUGACAAACUGUCAGCUUAGCCAUUUCAAAAUCUCUCCUAAAAUCACCCCAGUAUUUGCAGAAACCUUCCGUACACCCAUGAAUUUUUCACCUGACCAUUAUUCCAUUAGAUAAUUAAUAUCUAACUUGGAAUGACUGGGGAGAGGUUUGGGAACCAUAAUGUUCUUCUAGUUAAAACAAGGAAGGUAUCAGUAACCUUUGGAGAACAGAAGAAAUUUUGAUGUGGUACUUUCAUUCCCAUAUGAUCUAUAGCUAGGGUUAGGGCACUGGAGAACUGGGUACACUACAAUAUAUGCUGUAUAUACUGUAUAUACUGGUCUAGUGUAUUAGCAUAGUAAGAUAUACGGAGUGCCCUAAAACUCUUGUUUUAAAAUGCUUUUAAAGCUUUAUAAGAAUAAUUAUGACAAACAAAAGCAUUUAAAAGUUUUUUUUUUAUUUUAAUGCUAAUUAAUAUUUAGCAAUUUGGACUAAUAAAUGUUUUAUUUUAAUAUUGAGUUUCUGGAUGACAUGUCCUACCAGUGCAUUGGUAGCGAAGGUCCUUUUGUGGGGUCACAUUAAAACUGUCAUUUAUGCAUCCAAACCGGGUGUGUAAUUAAGGCUACAAUUACAAAUGCAAUCCAUUCAGUCACUAAGCAUCAGCUGAUGAAAGUUUCUACAAACCUCAAAAAUCAAUUACAGAAAAUCGUAUAGCACAAGAUGGUGGACAUUUAAUAAGAAAAUUAACAAUGUUUUUUAAAUUUAAGCAAUUAAACUUUCAAAUGUCAUUUUUUUAUUUUUUUUGUUUGUAGCAUUUAUACUAAAAAAGUUAUUAAAGCUUAAAACUGCAUUAAGAUUUUUUGGACACCCUGUAUAUUGUUGCACUGUUGUUGAUUGAAUUAGCCAUAACUUACAUCAGCAUGCUUUGCAAAUUAGCUAUUAAUGAUAUCAAUUUAUUUUUUGUCAAUACAGUAGUGCCUUCAAAAUUAGUUUGUGUUUAACAGUGCAAUAUUGUAUGUUUCAAGAUAAUGACUCAGUGAUUUUGCACUUGAGUGAAAUGUGGUUUUUCCAUUGAAUCAGUAACUCAAGCUAGUCUCCAGUUAUGAAUGCUUAUUAAAUAAAUGAAUCUGCAAGAUAGAAAUGGGAAUAAAAGUGAACAUUAUCUGAAA